AUGUCUGAGGACGAAGUGGAGAGCUUCGAAAUCACCGAUUAUGAUUUAGAGAAUGAAUUUAAUAUAGCUCGUCCCCGACGCAAACUCUCGAAGAAACAGCAAAUGCUAGGAAUAUGGGCAGAUGACAGCGAUGAAGAUGAAUCAUCUGCCAGACCAUCUUUCAAAACCUUUAAAAAGGGUCCCAAAAAUUAUACGGCGCCGGUUAGUUUUGUCGCUGGUGGUAUCCAACAGGCGGGACAACCAAAAGAGAAAGAAGACAAGGAUGACGAAGAAGAUGACGAAGAGAUGCGGGAGACAAGGCACAGUAGCUCGAGUUCAGAAGAUGAGAGGUCAAAUAGUUCCAAACGUCCAUCCUUUGCCUUGACCUUGGACAGUGACAUCGCAGGCCUGCGUAAAAAGCGCAAUCAAGUUAAUCCAUUGCUGAUGAAAAGCGGAAUGGGUAGUUGGGAAAUGCAUACAAAAGGCAUUGGCGCUAAAUUAUUGCUGCAGAUGGGAUUUGAACCUGGUAAAGGUUUAGGUAAACAAUUACAAGGAAUAAGCGCGCCAGUGGAGGCACAUCUCAGAAAAGGAAGAGGCGCGAUUGGCGCGUAUGGUCCCGAAAAGACACCAAAGAUUCCAGAGAAAAAGAAGGAUGACGAUGGGGAGGAAGCAAAAGAAUCCAAGUCCAAGGUAUCUCAAUGGCGGAAGGGUGAUACCAGUAACAAGAAAAAAGUCAGAUACUGCUAUAGAAGUGUGGAUCAAGUUUUGGAAGAUGGAAAACUGAAGCCUAACAGAAAAGCUCCAGUGUCCAGCGAUAUGAGUAGAGUUAAAGUUAUCGAUAUGACAGGGCCAGAACAAAGGAUUCUUAGCGGAUAUCAUGCGAUAGCUGGUGGUCAACAGUGUCCUGACGAGACCGUAAUUACGUCCGACAAGAAAUCGAAAGUGAACUUUGCCCUGCCCGAAUUGCAACAUAAUUUAAAUUUACUCGUGGACAUGUGUGAGCAAGAUAUUAUCCAAAACGAUCGGCGAAUGAGGCAUUUAAGUGAUAGAAUGGUUGCUUUAGAAGCGGAGAAAAAGAAUUUAUCCAAAGUCGUGGAUCAGCAUAGUCAAUUGAUCGACACCUUAGAGAACGUGCUCGUAAUUGUGGAUAGAUUGAUGAAUGAGACGGACGAAUUGUCGCUGCAAGAAACCGCGGAGGCUUUCAAAAACUUGCAAGACAAUUAUUACGAAGAGUACAAAAUGUACGAACUCGGUGAAUUAGCCAGCAGUUUCGUAGCACCAAAGAUAAAAGAUUGUCUGCUCACUUGGAAUCCAUUGAUGCAACCGAAACAGCCAAUUAAGUUAUUUGAACAAUGGAAGAGUAUUUUAGAGAAUGGAGUUAGUACGCUUCAGACACGGACUAUGCAUUCAUACGAUCAACUAGUAUGGAAUGCUUGGAUGCCGUCGAUCAGAGGAGCCAUACAGCAGUGGACAUGUAGGCAGCCCGAGCCUUUAAUUGAGUUAAUAGAGUACUGGAUGCCGCUAUUACCUACGUGGAUCCUGGAAAAUAUACUAGAUUUAUUAGUGUUACCGAAAUUGACACUGGAGGUGGAAGAAUGGAAUCCUCUUACCGAUACUGUACCUAUUCACACAUGGAUUCAUCCUUGGUUGCCGUUAUUACGAAAUCGUUUAGAUACGUUAAUUUAUCCAAUAAUACGUCGAAAACUCGGAUCUGCAUUAGGAGGUUGGCAUCCGUCAGACAGAUCCGCUAGAUUAAUGCUGCAACCUUGGGCAGAGGUGUUCGCCAAGGGAGACAUGGAGGCGUUUUUAGUGAAGAAUAUUAUUCCAAAAUUGCAAAUAACCUUAUCCGAGUUCGUCAUAAAUCCACAUCAACAGCACUUGGAUCAAUGGAAUUGCGUGUAUGAGUGGAAGGAAUUGAUCCCUGUUCAUAUCAUGGCAGGAUUGCUCGAUAAAUUCUUUUUCCCCAAAUGGCUACAAGUCUUGGCACUUUGGCUCAAUCAUUCGCCUAAUUAUGAUCAAGUUACAACAUGGUACAUGGGUUGGAAAAAAAUGUUGAGCGAAAAGUUACUGGCGGAACCAGUAAUAAAAGAGCACUUCAAGAAAGCAUUGGACAUGAUGAAUAGAGCCGUCAGUGGGCCACAAAAUCAUCAACCUGGCUCACUAGAACAGGUUUCAUAUUUAACAAGUUUAGAGAGAACUCAGCCGACGAUGUCUCAGAUGGCAUCGAUUGUGCAGCCGAGAAUGGAGAUACUCGCUGAAGCGGUACGAACGGCCUCGCAGAUUCCGCAGGGUUUCAAAGAUUUCGUACAAAAGAAAUGCGAAGAGAGAGGUAUAUUAUUUAUGCCGAUCCCGAACAGAUAUAAGGAAGCUAAGCAAGUGUACAAAGUAGGCAAUGUUCAGGCAUAUAUCGACAGCAAUGUCUUGUUCGUAUGUCAUAAUGGUACAACGUGGGUGCCAACGCAUAUAAAUACUUUGCUGGACAUGUCUGAACUUUAAUAUUUCAUUUAAUAACAUGAUUAAUAAUACGAUGACUGUCUAAAAUAUAUUUUUAACUUUAUAUUUAUGUUGUAAAUAUAUUCUAUUCUACUUCUCCUAAA